AUGUUGGCUUGCUCGAUCGGACAAGCAACCCCCAUCUUCUCUCUCUCUCUGCCCCUUGACCUUCAAGCAACAAACCCGCACUGGCACCUGGUGCGUUUCCAUGUGUGUGUGACGCAAUCUCUCUCUCUCUCUUUCAUUUCAUGCGAAAAACAAACAGGUUUCGCUAGCUAGAGCUUGUCUCGUUGAUGACAUGGCUUCCCGAGGCAAGAAGCUCAUCAACGAUCCCAACGAUGUUGUAACUGAGUUCAUCGAGGGACUUGUGGAAACGUAUCCUGGGCUGCAGUUCUUAGAUGGUUUUCCUGAGGUGAAGGUUGUAUUACGUGCUGAUGUUUCUAGUUCAACAUAUGAUAAAGUUGCAAUUAUAUCAGGAGGUGGAAGUGGUCAUGAGCCUGCACAAGCUGGAUUUGUGGGGGAGGGGAUGUUGACAGCAGCUAUUUGUGGGGAUGUUUUUGCCUCUCCACCAGUUGAUUCAAUUCUUGCCGGCAUCCGUGCUGUAACAGGUCCUAUGGGAUGUCUUCUAAUUGUCACGAAUUAUACUGGUGAUCGUUUGAAUUUUGGUUUGGCUGCCGAGCAGGCAAAAUCUGAAGGUUAUAAAGUGGAGACUGUAAUUGUGGGGGAUGAUUGUGCUUUACCUCCACUUCGUGGCAUAGUUGGACGAAGAGGAUUGGCAGGGACUAUUCUCGUUCAUAAGGUGGCUGGAGCUGCUGCUGCUGCUGGCCUUUCCCUUGCUGAUAUUGCUGCCGAAGCAAAAUGUGCAUCAGAAAUGGUUGGAACAAUGGGUGUUGCUCUAUCUGUUUGCACACUGCCUGGGCAGGUUACAUCAGAUCGUUUGGGUCCAGGGAAAAUGGAACUUGGCCUUGGGAUUCAUGGUGAACCUGGUGCUGCUGUGGCCGACAUUCAACCUGUGGAUGUGGUGGUUUCUCAUGUUCUUAAUCAAAUACUCUCACUGGAAACCAACUAUGUUCCCAUUACACGAGGCAAUAGAGUUGUGCUCAUGAUCAAUGGGUUAGGAGCCACCCCUAUAAUGGAAUUAAUGAUUGCAUCAGGAAAAGCAGUGCCAAAAUUACAGCUUGAACAUGGACUGGCUGUUGAUAGAGUGUAUACAGGGUCAUUUAUGACAUCUCUUGAUAUGGCAGGUUUUUCAAUAUCCAUCAUGAAGGCAGAUGAAACUAUUUUGCAACGUCUGGAUGCUCCAACUACGGCUGCAUAUUGGCCUGUUGGCGUUGAUGGUAAUCAUCCACCUACCAAGAUUCCUGUUCCAAUGCCACCGUCUCGUUCAACAAAGAGUGAUGAGGCAUUAAGUCGACCACCGCAAUUGAAUCAACAAGGCCAGAUUCUUGAGGUUGCUAUUGAAGCAGCAGCACACGCAGUUGUCAAUCUCAGGGAAAGUCUGAAUGAAUGGGAUAGCAAAGUAGGUGAUGGUGACUGUGGGUCAACAAUGUAUAGAGGUGCAACAGCAAUUCUGGCGGACAUUAAAAAUUACCCUCUGAAUGAUGCUGCAGAAACAGUGAACGAAAUUGGAUCAUCUAUUAGAAGAGUUAUGGGAGGAACUAGUGGGAUCCUAUAUACUAUAUUUUGCAAGGCUGCAUAUGCACAGUUGACAGCAAGCUCCCAGUCGGUUGUCACUGCAAAACAAUGGGCUGAAGCACUUGAAGCUUCCAUUGCAGCAGUCUGUAAAUAUGGGGGAGCUAGUGCUGGUUAUCGCACAUUGUUAGAUGCCCUUAUUCCAGCAUCAGCAAUACUUCAGGAGAGGUUAAAUGCUGGGGAUGAUCCUUGCACUGCUUUUGUUCUCUCGUCUGAAGCAGCAUUGGCUGGAGCUGAAUCAACCAAGCACAUGCAAGCACAGGCUGGCCGUUCAACCUAUGUAUCUGGGGAGAUCCUUGCAUCAGUUCCAGAUCCCGGAGCAAUGGCUGCAGCUUCGUGGUACAGAGCAGCAGCUGUAGCCGUCAUGGAGAAGUACAGGGCUUCUUCAUGAACCAAUGCAUCUAGCUCCUCAUGUAAUUCCUUCUCCUUUUCAAGCAAUUCCUGCUCCUUUUUUGCUGCGGAAGUUUUGCUCAUGAUUUUACGGUAUUCGGAAGUUAGGCUCUCCGCUUAUGCUUUUUGUGCAUUGCAUAAAGCCGAGAGAGCGAGUCAGACUCGUGCAUCUCUCAACAUUUUCUUUAGAUAAAAUGUAACUUUGAUGAGUAUUGGUAACUACAAGACAGAAUAAUCUGCAUUGAAAUCUGAGCAUAUGGGUGUAAUUGAAAUGGUUGAAAAAUGUUGCUUUUUAAUGGCCUAUGUUAGAUUGUUUUGUAUGCAUUAAUUAACCCC